AUGACGAGUACGACGAAAGACUAUUACGAGCUGGAUCCUGACGGAGAUGUCAUCUUCGUUUUUACCAGGACUGAUCCAGAUAUUGCGAAUCAAUCUUCGGGCCCCAAGGCUGUCCCGCACAAGUCCACCAAAUCGGCUCAGGUCACUGGUGGCUCGGUCGAAAGGGCCUCGCAUUCGGUUGCUGGUAAAAAAGCCCGGAAAUCUAAGCAGCAGGUCAGCAGUCAAAGUACCGACACCCCAGACGAUGGGAAGGUGGUAAAGGUGAGAGUCUCGUCAAAACACCUUUCUCUGGCCUCGCCAGUCUUCGAGAAGAUGUUCCAUGGUCUGUGGAAAGAAGCUCAGGGCCUUCGCGUGGGACACAUGGAAAUGGAGAUGGACUGGCAGAACAUGGACGCUAUGCUGAUAUUGAUGAACGCUAUUCAUGGACAUGGCCCGGAAGUUCCUCGCAAGGUGAGCCUUGAAAUGUUAACGGAAAUCUCUAUUCUCGUGGACUAUUACAAUUGCCACAAGGCUAUUCAGCUGGCAUUAGACCUGUGGAUGCGGCCCUUACAGGCUGGAAUGGCAAAAGAAUUUUGUGACGACAUCGUUCGGUGGAUUUGGAUCUCUUGGGUUUUCCGACUCAUUGACCCAUUUCGAUCUGCAACAUAUCGCGCUGUUGCGCAGAGCCAGGGGCCAAUCUCCAGCCUUGGUCUGCCUAUUCACCAUCGGAUUAUAAAUGCAAUUGAAAAGAGACGUGAAUACUGCAUGAAGGGUACAUUAGAGGCUCUUCGCCUUCUGCUGACUGAUUUGCGAGAUGGUCGAAACUCAUGCUCCUUUGAGUGCGACUCCUUCCGCCUUGGUGCUCUCACGAAACAACUCCACACACACGGCUUCCUAACGCAUAUACUUGAAGACACUACGCCUAGUUUCAGUCUGGACCAACUAUAUCACUUUCUUGUCAACAUCAAGAGCCCAGCUUGGUGCGACAUUACAUUAAACUUGGACGGCCAGCAUCACCAUCAGCAUCAGCACUCGGAGCAUCCUUGCACCUUGCAGUCUAUGAUAAAGCCUAUCUUGAGCAACAUGACCUACCAUAUGAGAGGGUGCAGCUUUGAAGAGUUCAAGGAGGUGCCGUAA